AUGAGGCGGGACACGAGGACGGACGAGCCCAGCAGGGACGAGGUGGUGGCUCGCGCGGUCGGCGACCCGGACGCCUCCGUCGACGAGGACGACGCGGAGAACACGUCGAUGCCUGGGAUUUGGAUGCGCGUCUUCGCGGCGCUCUUCUACUUCAUUCCCUGGAUCGACAUCUGCACGAUCGGAGAGCCGAUGUACGGCCUCCUGCGCGGCGUCUGGUGGGGCGGCCUCAUCGUCCCCCAGUCGCUGAUGCCCCUGUAUUACGCCAACCCCUUUAUGCCGCUGAUCAUCUUCUUCUGCAUCUUCCUCGCGGUCGUGCGCCAGAAACGCAUCCCGCACCUCGUCCGCUGGAACGCCUGCCAGGCGAUCAUGAUGGACAUCUGUUCGAUGCUGUACGUCCUCGUGCGGAUGUACUUCCCCGCGGAGAUCCGGCACAGCGCGAUCCUUGACUACAUGGACCGCUUUGCGUGGGUGGGGUCCUUCACCGCGAUCGCCUACUGCAUCUACUACGCGCUGCGGGGGCGGUACGCGGAGAUCCCGUACGUCUCCGAGGCGUGCUACCAGCAGGUCGACAUGGCCGACGCGUGA